GGGAUAUGAGGGAGUCUCAUCAGUUCCUCCGUGGCAUGUAAGAACGUGGCAGCCGAGGGGUUCAGGGAGACGUAUGUCAGGUCAUAGCAGUACUCUCUCACCACACACUCAUCUGAACGCCACAUGCCCCAGGAGCUCCCGGGGUGAACAUGGAUACCCUAAAAAUGCUUACUGUCGUUUCCCUGGCUCUUUCUUUCACCUGCCUCCUGGCCAUAACAGGAGAUAAUUCCACUACUACUUCCGCUGGCACUUAUACUACCACACAACCUCUGCUUACUGACUACAGGAGUGAAAACUAUACCACUGGAAGGAGUGUUAAUAUCUCUUGUACAAAUAAGACAUGGAGCGAGAUGAUAUACACCACCUGGGAGAUCCCUAAAGAUAGAAACCUCUGCACAAUAGCAGCUCAUAUAGACAAACUUCCUGUUGACAACUGUUUGAAUGGAAAGGUCCUGCGCCGCACAACUAAUGGAGAAUCCUACCUGCACAUUCCUCUUUUUAAAGACACAGAUGAAGGAAUUUAUAAAUGUGAAACUGCCUAUGUAGGUACAAGUUAUACAGCAUACAUCACUGUAUCUGCCAGAGUUUCCCCACAGAUAUCCACCAGGCUGGACUUCAGGAAUGGAAAGAGAGAGGCUGUGUGUUCAGCUGAAGGUGGUAAACCUGCUGCCUCCAUCUCCUGGAGAAACAGGUGGAACUCCAGUGUGACUCAGAGUACAAAUAAGAACUUGGACGGCUCCUUCACUGUGGAGAGCAGACUGAUCCUCCCUGACGACGUUUCUUCUGAAAACCUCAGCUGCAUCAUCACACAUCCCAGCUGGGGAGAGGGUCACACUGAAGCGAUUCAAGCUAUAAACCAUGAAGGUACAUCGAUUAGAGGAAAAUGGAAUUGGUUUUGGAUAAUAAUUCCAUUGGGAUUAAUCAGCUUCAUCAUAGCGAUUCUGAUUGGUCUUUACAUCAUGAGGAAGCAUCUAGGCAAACUGAGAAAUUGCUGGAAAUCCAAAAUCCCUGCUCCUCCUCCACCCAAAACACCACAGGAUGUGGAGGAGGUAGAGCCAUACGCCAGCUACGUACAGCGCAUCAACUCCAUUUACAACUCCUCAGCUGAACUGUGCAACGCCUAGAGCUGACUUUCGAAACCCACGCCAUGAGCGCAGUCCACACCGACAGACAGCUACCGCAGAAAGACAGACAGGAAACCGGCGGGGGGUGGAGCUCUGGGACGUUACUGCAGAAGCCCAGGAGACAGUGACUGUGCCAAGGAGCCAGCGGUUCACAAAAGAAGCUUGGAUAUACAGUCUGGAAGAAUUGGAUUAGUUGACAACGCCUCUGCAGUUGUCGUUGAUUUUGAUUUUUUUUGCAUCUGCAAAAAAAAAAAAAGAACUGGAAGGGCAACUAAACUCCCUAACAAGAGGUGGAGAUGGUUCUUGAGUAAGCCUGAGCAGAGUUCGCAAAUUACUUCCACUAUAAAUCGCACGUUUAAAAACAACUUUAAAUGUGGUGGCACAGAGUGAUGAGUGGGUGUACAUGAUUUGCUCCUUUGACUCAAAGAACAACAAAUAGACUAAGCUGUUAGACGUGACCCAUUUAACAGCUUAGCAUUGGAUAGAUUGGAAUACAUUUUAUUUAAAACUGGAAGGACUGUCAACAGUUUAAUUCAUUAUUAACAUUUGGGAUAUUGUAUUUUACAUUUGAAAUGUUUACCUUUCAUUUUCUGGCAUUUUCUGUCUAUCUAUGAAGAAGCAUGUCCAAGGCUGUGUGUCUUUAAUAACCCCACCGCAUGAGCAUUCAGAAAAUUUAUUAAAUUAUAAUGUAUAAUGAGGUAGAACUUUCAAUAUUCAGAAUACUGAACUGAUAAUUGGGUUAUCCUUAGAAUCUAUGCGAUACCAUGAUGAUUAUCCAAGAGUAUGUACCCUAAUGAUUGGUAGGUAGAGGGAGAUUAGGGGAUAUUGUUCGCUAUCUCUCAGUGUCAGUAAUUUCAGAAGUUGUGCUUAUGCUUGAUUUGUAAACAUAACUUAGACUGAAAGACGUUUCUUUCAUUGGUUUCAAGUGGCUGCAUCUGCAUCUUAUGCACCUGUGAUAUACAUCACUUCAUUAGGUAUACCUGUACACCAGUUGGUUAAUGCAAAUAUGUUGAAAUA